AUGCAUAUGCAAAAGUGGUUAUAUAUAACCAAGAAGCAGUUACUACACAACACUUAAAAAAAUGCCAUGUUUAUGCAGUAUAUCCAUACUAAGAAUAGAGAAAGGGGAGAAAGCGAGAGAGAGAAAGCGAGAGAGAGAAAGCGAGAGAGAGAAAGCGAGAGAGAGAAAGCGAGAGAGAGAAAGCGAGAGAGAGAAAGCGAGAGAGAGAAAGCGAGAGAGAGAAAGCGAGAGAGAGAAAGCGAGAGAGAGAAAGCGAGAGAGAGAAAGCGAGAGAGAGAAAGCGAGAGAGAGAAAGCGAGAGAGAGAAAGCGAGAGAGAGAAAGCGAGAGAGAGAAAGCGAGAGAGAGAAAGCGAGAGAGAGAAAGCGAGAGAGAGAAAGCGAGAGAGAGAAAGCGAGAGAGAGAAAGCGAGAGAGAGAAAGCGAGAGAGAGAAAGCGAGAGAGAGAAAGCGAGAGAGAGAAAGCGAGAGAGAGAAAGCGAGAGAGAGAAAGCGAGAGAGAGAAAGCGAGAGAGAGAGAGAAACACCACACAGAAGUUCUUUUGGCUCGGAUUGCAUUUGUCCUAGAUAACCUUUACGAGAAGCUGAAAGUUGAUGCACGCAAACCAAAUGAAUUUUCAGAUUCAGCCCGUAUUCUUAGGCUUGUGCCUCGGAAG